AUGCAAUCCCGGCUCCUUCUCCUCCGGGCAUCCGGCGGCCACGGCGGUGCGGCCUCCCGGCGAGUGAGGCUGCUCCUGCGGCAGGUGCUGCCCGGCAGGCCGGGCGGCGACAGGCAGCGGCCGGAGGUUAGACUGCUGCACGCCGGGGCAGGGGCCGACACAGGUGAUACAGUAAAUAUUGGAGAUGUAUCCUACAAGUUGAAAACUCCCAAGAACCCAGAACUUGUGCCACAGAACUACAUCCUUUCUUCUGUUUGCUACAACUCAGAUCUCUCUUGUCCAAUUGUCCUGUCCCCAGACUCCAGAGGCUGCUUCGAAGAAGGCCAGGAGUGCCUCAGGGAUUUAUCUCAGCUGUCUUGCCCUAGCACCAUUCUUAAGUGUGCAGUUCGUGCAGCCACAGAAGGCAGAACUCUCAUUUUGGAAGGCUUGGAAAAGGCAGAGAGGAAUGUUCUGCCUGUUUUGAACAACCUGCUGGAAAACAGGGAGAUGCAGCUUGAAGAUGGACGCUUCCUGAUGUCUGCCGAGCGUUACGACAAACUUCUCCAAGAUCAUACCAAAACAGAGUUGGAUGCUUGGAAGAUUGUCAGAGUCAGUGAAAAUUUCCGAGUGAUUGCCUUGGGGUUGCCAGUGCCGAGGUAUUCCGGGAAUCCAUUAGACCCCCCUCUCCGUUCUCGAUUUCAAGCCAGAGAUAUUUAUUAUCUACCCUUCAAGGACCAACUUAAACUAUUAUAUUCAAUGGGAGCUAAUGUUUCCGCUGAGAAAGUUUCUCAGCUCUUGUCCUUUGCCACAACUCUCUGUUCACAAGAAUCAUCUACUCUUGGACUUCCAGAUUUUCCUUUAGAUAGUUUACCAGCUGCAGUUCAAAUCCUGGAUUCCUUUCCUAUGAUGUCAAUCAAGCAUGCAAUCCAGUGGCUUUAUCCAUACACUAUUUUACUAGGGCAUGAAGGGAAGAUGGCUGUAGAAGGUGUUUUAAAACGCUUUGAACUCCAAGAUUCAGAAAGCUCUCUGCUUCCUAAAGAGAUUGUAAGAGUGGAGAGGAUAACUGAAAACCAUGUCUCCCAAGCUUAUGUGACUAUCCGGAUUGCAGGAAAAGAGGUGACCAUUAAGGUGCCAUCUGGGACCAGGCCAUUAAGUCAACCUUGUGAAUCAGACCAUUUCAUACAGACUUUAAGCCAUAAGCAGCUACAGGCUGAAAUGAUGCAGUCUCACAUGGUUAAGGAUAUAUGUUUAAUUGGAGGAAAGGAUAUGACAGCGCGUGAUCUGCUACAGCAGAGAUACACUCUUCCAAAUGGAGAUACUGCCUGGCGGUCCUCACCCCUUGUGCAUGCUGCUCUGGAAGGCAAGCUGGUCCUGCUGGACGGCAUCCAUAGGGUCAAUGCAGGCACACUUGCUGUAUUGCAGAGGUUAAUCCACGAUCGAGAGCUGAGCCUCUAUGAUGGCUCUAGGCUGCUGAGAGAAGACAGGUAUAUGCGCUUAAAAGAGGAACUGCAAAUGUCUGAUGAGCAGCUACAGAAGAGAACCAUGUUCUUUUUCCAUUACAUGAAACCUCUUGUCAAAAGUGAAGAAAUCCAAGUGAUUAAGGAAAUGGUCCCAAAUAUACCUCAGGAAGCUUUGGAUAAAUUAUUAUCAUUUACACACAAACUUAGAGAGACACAGGACCCAACGGCACAAUCACUGGCGGCAUCACUUUCUACCAGACAACUGUUACGCAUUUCUCGUCGGCUGUCGCAGUAUCCUAACGAAAGUCUUCACAGUGCUGUUACUAAAGCCUGCCUUUCCAGGUUUCUACCAAGCCUUGCUAGGUUAGCAUUAGAAAAAAAUCUGGCAGAUGCUUCAAUAGAAAUAAGUACUAAUGACAAUGUGGAACCAGAACUGAAGGAUUACAAAUGUGAAAUAGCAUCUGGAUCUCUGAGGAUUGGUGCUGUUAGUGCACCAAUCUAUAAUGCCCAUGAGAAAAUGAAAGUGCCUGACGUUCUGUUCUACGACAACAUUCAGCACAUGAUAGUGAUGGAAGAUAUGCUCAAAGACUUUCUCCUCGGAGAACACUUAUUGUUGGUUGGCAACCAGGGUGUAGGAAAAAACAAGAUUGUUGACAGAUUCCUUCACCUGCUCAACAGACCCCGAGAGUAUAUCCAACUGCAUAGGGUUAAAGCAGUAAAGUUGGGUCAUGUUCUGGUAGUCGAUGAAGCAGACAAAGCCCCAACAAAUGUCACCUGUAUUUUAAAAACUCUAGUAGAAAAUGGAGAAAUGAUUCUAGCAGAUGGAAGACGCAUUGUUGCAAAUUCUGCUAAUGUGAAUGGAAGAGAAAAUGUUGUAGUGAUUCAUCCUGAUUUUAGGAUGAUUGUUCUGGCCAACAGACCUGGAUUUCCUUUCCUCGGCAAUGAUUUCUUCGGUACCUUAGGUGAUAUUUUUAGCUGCCAUGCAGUUGAUAACCCCAAACCCCACUCAGAGCUCAAGAUGCUCAGACAGUAUGGACCAAAUGUGCCUGAGCCCGUCCUUCAGAAGCUUGUGGCUGCCUUUGGAGAGCUGAGGAGUUUGGCUGACCAGGGGAUUAUUAACUAUCCUUAUUCUACCAGGGAAGUUGUCAACAUAGUCAAACAUUUACAGAAAUUUCCCACCGAAGGUCUCUCCAGUGUGGUUCGGAACGUGUUUGACUUUGAUUCCUACAACAGUGACAUGAGGGAGAUUUUGACUAACACUUUGCACAAAUACGGGAUACCUAUUGGAGCAAAACCUACCAGUGUGCAGCUGGCAAAGGAGUUGCCUCUGCCAGAGCAGACAUUCAUGGGCUACUGGACAAUUGGUCAGGCAAGAAGUGGAAUGCAAAAACUCUUGUGUCCAGCGGAAACUCAUCAUGUAGACAUAAAGGGUCCAGUACUUAUAAACAUACAGGAAUAUCCAAUAGAAAGACGUGAAGAAAGAUCCCUAAACUUUACUGAAGAAUGUGCCUCCUGGAGGUUACCAUUGGAUGAAAUUAAUUUAAUCUGUGACAUUGCUACAUCACCUGAAAAUGAGGAAAAUACUCUCUAUGUAGCUGCAUGCAAUCCUGUUUCCUUAUACUUUAUGAAUAUGACUGGGAAAAGUGGCUACUUUGUGGACUUUUUUGACAUCUUCCCAAGAACAGCUAGUGGAGUUUGGCACCCGUUUGUGACAGUGGCACCGCUGGGAAGUCCCCUCAAGGGUCAAGUGAUUCUCCAUGAGCAGCAGAGUAAUGUCAUCCUGUUGUUAGAUACCACUGGCCAGGCCCUUCGUCGUCUCGUCCUUCCUUUAGAAGAGGUUAUAUCUAAGAAACCUUCCUGGUGGAACAAGGAGGAAGCUGAAACUUAUAAAAUGUGUAAAGAAUUUUCGCACAAAAACUGGCUAGUAUUCUACAAAGAAAAAGGGAACAGCCUGACUGUGCUGGAUGUUCUAGAAGGGAGAACUCACACCAUCUCACUUCCCAUCAACCUCAAGACAGUUUUCCUCGUAGCUGAGGACAAGUGGCUUCUGGUGGAGAACAAAAUAAAUCAGAAAUAUCUUUUAACUAAGCCUGCACACAUCGAAUCUGAGGGCAGUGGGGUUUGCCAGUUGUAUGUGUUGAAAGAGGAGCUGCCUAGCACAGGGUUUGGAGUUACACAAGAAACAGAGUUCAGCAUACCUCAUAAAAUUUCAAGUGAUCAACUAUCAUCUGAAAAUCUAAGUUCAGCUGUGGGACAAAAGAUUGCCUCUCCCAACCGAAUUCUCUCAGAUGACAACAGUUACGCUACAAUAGUUGUUGGUUUUCCAGAUCUCAUGUCACCCAGUGAAGUUUAUUCUUGGAAGAGGCCAUCAUCUUUGCAUAAACCAAAUGUCACUGAUACGGCAUUCUAUGGCAAAAAAAAGAAAAAUGGGACUCCAAAACAAAGCAAUUGUGUGACUCUUUUAGAUACUAAUCAGGUAGUCAGGAUUUUGCCCCCAGGAGAAGUCCCUCUAAAAGAUGUCUACCCAAAAGAUGUUAGUCCUCCACAAACAGCUGGUUAUAUAGAAGUCACUGAUCUGCAAUCAAAGAAACUCCGGUAUAUUCCUAUUCCCAGGUACUCUAAGCCAUAUUUGCAGAAGCCGCAGCCUCGCUACACCUUUCAGGUGCAAGCGCAGAGCAGAAGGAGAAAGACUGGCUGUGUUCCCCUAAAGGAGAUAACAAUCAACAGAGAUAGUGGUGAAGAUGUGAGCUCCCCCAAACACGGAAAGGAGGACCCAGACAACAUGCCGCACGUAGGCGGCAAUACUUGGGCUGGCGGAACAGGGGGAAGAGACACGGCAGGUCUGGGUGGCAAAGGAGGUCCCUACCGGCUGGAUGCAGGCCACACAGUGUACCAAGUCUCACAGGCCGAGAAAGAUGCAGUUCCUGAGGAGGUCAAGAGAGCCGCGAGAGAGAUGGGCCAGAGGGCAUUUCAGCAGAGGCUGAAGGAGAUCCAAAUGAGUGAAUAUGACGCUGCGACUUAUGAAAGGUUUUCAGGUGCUGUUCGGCGACAGGUGCACUCCCUCCGAAUCAUCCUGGAUAAUUUACAGGCUAAAGGUAAAGAAAGACAGUGGCUAAGACACCAAGCUACUGGGGAACUAGAUGAUGCCAAGAUCAUUGAUGGGCUGACUGGAGAAAAAGCCAUCUACAAACGUCGGGGUGAGCUCGAGCCACAGCUGGGCAGCCCGCAACAGAAGCCUAAGCGUCUGCGCUUGGUGGUGGAUGUGUCUGGCAGCAUGUAUCGCUUCAACGGGGUGGAUGGCCGGCUCGAGCGCUCAAUGGAGGCUGUGUGUAUGGUCAUGGAAGCCUUUGAGAACUACGAGGAGAAAUUCAAGUAUGACAUCGCUGGACACUCUGGAGAUGGCUAUGACAUUGGCCUAGUUCCAAUUAACAAAAUCCCCAAGGACAAUAAGCAAAGGCUAGAAGUUCUGAAGACAAUGCAUGCCCACUCUCAGUUCUGCAUGAGUGGGGACCACACGUUAGAGGGGACAGAACACGCCAUCAAGGCAAUUGUCAAAGAAGAAGCUGAUGAGUACUUUGUCAUAGUCUUGAGUGAUGCGAAUCUAUCACGAUACGGAAUACAUCCUGCCAAGUUUGCACAAAUCCUAACAAGUAACCCUCAAGUAAAUGCUUUUGCCAUUUUUAUUGGAUCUUUAGGUGAUCAAGCAACCAGGCUUCAGAGAACUUUACCCGCUGGCCGGUCUUUCGUUGCCAUGGAUACCAAGGACAUCCCUCAGAUUUUACAACAGAUCUUCACCUCCACCAUGCUGUCCAGUGUUUAAGAAGUGCCCUUCAUCCCCCUGAUGACCCCAGGAUUUUAAAUAAGAUAGGAAUAAAGAGUGUUCU